AUGAAUGAAGCACAGAUAGCCCAUUCUAACCUAAAUGUGAACUCCCAGCAGAAGUACAAACCAAAGAGGAAUAUUAAGAAUGCACUUCAUUCAAAUGAAUUGUCAAUCAUUGCACAGAGACAAAAUACACCAAAACAUCCUAAGAAGCACCAAAACACAGCAGAAGACAUACCAGGUGAAGAGAGUUUCUCACCUUCUCCAUGGAGGGUCAUCUCUAGUGUGCUUGGUGCCACGUGCCUUCUACUGAUGGCUGCAGCCACGGUGGUGACCAUUUUAACUACGAAGUUGUCUUCUGAAAGAACAUCUUCCAUGAUCCAUCAAAAAGAGUCUCAGCAUCCCUGUCCGGAGAACUGGGUCUGGUUCAGAUGCAGCUGCUACUACUUCUCCAAGGAAAAGCUAAUUUGGAGAGAGAGUCAGCGUGCCUGCUUGUCUCGCAAUUCCAGUCUCAUAAGGAUAAACAGAGAGGAGAUGGAUUUCUUCACUUUGAAAUCUUUCUUUUGGGUUGGAGGUUACUAUAGUGAAAUUAGCAAACGGUGGCUGUAUGAAAACCAUUCGUAUCUACCCUGGGAGAUGUUUCCUUAUCUUGAAAUUAAUAUGAAAGGCCACUGUGCAUCUUACAAAUCAAAAGAAAUUUAUUUUGCUGAAAACUGUACACAUAAACUGACAUACAUCUGCAAGAAGCAGCAUAUUUAA